UUGUUGUGUUUCCGGACCUGCGUUUUGGGAGUCAGCUGACAGAUGUGCGCUGCUUUCCACGCCGCUGCGAGCUUUAAACCAGCCGAGGAGGAUCUGGGGAUUUAGGGAUUUUCCAGCGCGCUCCCUCAGCCCCUUCUUACCGCUCGCACAAUGAGUGCUGGCACCCCGAAAUCGCUGCCCUCGUCGGGGCAGAAAUCCAUCCAAGAGAUGUGCCAUCCUCUGUCCGCCGAGGAGCCCGUCCUCCCUCCGAGCCCUGAUGGAGGGAGCAACACUAACACUAAGGACUUGAGUCUGCCCAAUGGCAAUGCAGUGGACACAUCAAGCCCCGCAUCUUCCUCCUCUCUGCUAAACCGGUUGCAGCUGGACGAUGACCUAGACGGAGAGACGCGUGACCUCUUUGUGACCGUGGACGAUCCAAAGAAACACGUGUCCACCAUGGAGACAUACAUCACUUACAGAGUGUCUACUAAGACCACCAGAACAGAGUUUGACCUGCCUGAGUACUCUGUGAGGCGGCGCUACCAGGAUUUUGACUGGCUGAGAAACAAGCUAGAGGACAGCCAGCCAACCCACCUUAUUCCACCCUUGCCUGAAAAGUUUGUGAUGAAAGGAGUGGUGGACCGUUUUUCAGAGGAGUUUGUUGAGACGAGAAGGAAAGCGCUGGAUAAAUUCCUGAAGCGGGUUGCGGACCACCCUGUUCUUUCUUUCAAUGAGCAUUUCAAUGUCUUCCUGUCAGCCAAGGAUCUAAAUAAGAGGCAAGGCCUGGCUCUGCUGUCUAAGAUGGGAGAGUCUGUGAAAUACGUGACAGGCGGCUACAAGUUGAGAGUGCGGCCGGUGGAGUUUGCGGCCAUGGGUGACUAUCUGGAUGUAUUCACACAGAAGCUGGGCACCAUCGACAGGAUAGCACAGAGGAUCAUCAAAGAGCAGUCAGAGUACCUGGUGGAGCUGAGGGAGUACGGCCCGGUUUACUCCUCCUGGGCCUCCUCAGAGGAGGCGCUUCAGGAGCCGCUGGACGGAGUGGCGGGCUGUGUGGCUAACUGCAGCAGCGCUCUGGAGGAACUGACAGAGGACAUGAGCGAGGACUUCCUGCCUGUGCUACGAGAGUACAUCCUCUACAUCGAGUCCAUGAAGAAUGUUUUGAAGAAGAGGGACCAAGUCCAGGCGGAGUACGAGGCCAAGCUGGAGGCUGUAGCAUUCCGUGAGGACAAGAAGACUCCAAUGCCCACAGACGUGGAGAAGUGCCAGGACCGGGCGGAGUGCUUCAACGCUGACCUGAAGGCCGACUGGGACCGCUGGCAGAACAACAAACGGCAGGACUUCAGACAGCUGCUGACCGGCAUGGCAGACAAAAACAUCCAGUACUAUGAGAAGUGCCUUGCAGCGUGGGAGUCCCUCAUUCCGCUCUUACAGGACAAACAAGAAGCCAAAGUAGAAACGAACUGAGCACAUGUGUGAGUCACCUGCUCUCGGGGUUGAGAACUGAUGACCCUGUGGAUCGUGGAUGGUGAUGGCGUGUCUUAACGGGCUUUGGCCCCUCGGGAAGCCAACUGUCACAUCACGGGGGAGCAGGGGGAUGGGCCACACAAAGACUGGACAACACUUUGUAGUUUUCUGAUUCGUAAAGUGUCUUUUUAUUUGUGAAACCCCAUCCGAAACCCCUCCUCCAUCUCUCUGGCCCUGUUUGGGAGCAGGAGGAUCUGUAAUUUCGAGAAGCACAGCAAGUCAAACCACAGAACAACCACAGAAGGGACAAUCCUCUGAACGACUGCGGUGCGGAGAGGAAAAGAGAAGUCAAGCGAGCGAAAUUUAUAGUUUUUAAGCAAACGGUUGCCAACAAACUUUUUGUAAAGUCUGCUUGCCCUCAGCUCGGCUCCUUUUAAGGGCGCCGCAUCAUCAUCAUCAUUGUUGUUGUUUGUUGUUCGCCUUCAGACCACGGAGAGAUGGUUCCAGGACCGUCCACAUUCCUCUGACCAAAGAUGUAGAGGAACUCAGCAAUGUUUUCUGUUUGUUUUUGUUUGUUUGUUUUUCAGGAACACUAUGGAACUAGUACCGUCAAAUGACAUUGGAGGUAGCCACCUCUCUACAUUCAUGAUUUACGUACUGGUCAUUGAAUCUGAAUGAAGGUUCUCUUCCCAGCCCUGCCUGCCUGACCUCAUUAAAUAUUUAUGAUGAAA